UUUUUUAUUUAAGGUUUGUUCCUGUUGUUGUAUGGUUGGGAUGUUCUGUCCCCGAACAGCUUUGCUAGUUUCAUCUUUUGGUCUUCUUUAUUUUCUUCUUUGCCUCUUUGUUUUGGUCUCCUUAAUGCGUCAUUUGGCUGGUGGAAGAACUGCCUUAUCCAAUUCUUUGACUGAAAAGGGGAAAGUUAUUGACUUUAGAAGCCCUCCUUUUUGCUGUUUUUUGUGGUGUUUGCCUAAAGCUAGACCUUCAAUUGUGAAUUUAACUAAACUCGAAUGGAUAGUUUUACAAGCACCUAUAGUUAGGGUUUUUAUUGUUUUUGGACAAGUUGUGGUUGUUGCUGAAGCUAGAGAGAAUGCUUACAAUUGGCUCCAAUUUUUUGAUCUCGCUACAUUUGCUUCUUUACUUCUUGCCAUUUUUGGAGUUCAUACAUUGGCACGACUUACUUCUGAAGAACUUUCUUGUUAUGGUUUUGGAGGUAUUUUCAGGGUUGUUGAUUUGGGACUUUUUCUUUUUACUGCUCAACAACCUUUUAUUUUUCAAAAUAUUUUACUUCGAUUUGGUGUUAUUCGUUGUGGUGUUGUUCUUUCUCCACAAGAAAAUGCUAGAUUUAUUUGUAAUUUUGCUAUAAUUUGUGAAUUAUUUUUACUUUCACUAUUUUCAACAUUUUGGGUAUCUCCACACAGAAACAAUUUAUUUGAUCAAUAUAUUCGACGAAGAACAAAUUCAUCUUCUCCACACAGAAGUAGAACUUCUUCACUUCGUUCAGUUAAAGAAAGUAGAAUUGACGAAGCAGAAACACCAACAACACCAACAAUUAAUAAUGGAAGAAGUUUAUCUAUAAAUGGAAAUACACAAAUAAAUGGUGCAGCUACUACAACAACACAAACAACUGUUUUAUUGGAUUUGGAUUGA